GCUCUGCAUCGGUGCCUGUGCGGCCGGUCGGGCGCAAAGCGCUUUCUUGGAUGCAACGCAACAAACAAUUUUUGUCCAUUCCCGUGCGUUUCCCGACGAGCUGUCAAUGAGCCGCGCAUUCCGCGACUCCAGUGUCCGCGUCGGCUGACGGAUUCGACCGGUCUGCCCCACGAAACCACCCCAGCUGUAACAGGACCGAUGAGUGGCAAGUCCACGCGGUCGGGCUCCAGCGCUCCGACGCUGGAGCCGCACUUGUACGUCUCGGCCAACACCUUCCAGAAGCGCGACAACUUACUCGUACUGGACCUGCUCAACACGGCGUUCCGGCGAGCGCCUAGCGAGGACCAACAGUUCCUGGACGUCGGCUGCGCCGUGGGCGACUUCACGCGCGACGUGCUGCUGCCGCGCAGCUCGCCUUGCAGGCGCUUCGUGGCCACGGACGUGUCGAGCUCCAUGAUCGCGUUCGCGCAACGCUUCUUCGCACACCCGCGCAUAACGUACGACGUGCUGGACCUUUCCCUCGACGUGUCCCCGUUCGUGGAACGGUACGGCCGCUUCGAUCGCGUGUACUCAUUCUUCUGUCUCCACUGGAUCCGCGAUCAGGUGGGCGCGCUGAGCAACAUCCGCAACCUGAUGGCGCCCGAGGGAGAGUGCCUGCUGCACUUCUGCGCACGCACGCCCGUCUACACGCUCUGGAGGGACUUUGCCCGCAUGGACCGCUGGAAGAGUCUCAUAUCUAACAUUGAAGACUUCAUACCGCCCAGCCAGAAUGCAGAUGACCGGCUGCUUUAUUUGGAGAAUCUUCUGGCAGCCUCCGAACUGAAGCCACACACCUGCGAAGUGCUACGGAAUGUGUGGAAGUUUCCUAGUGAACGGCACCUUGCAGGUGCUAUCUCGGCUGUGCUGCCCGUUGUGGACGGCGUUCCUGAGCACGAGAGGCAGGAGCUGACCAAGGCCAUGUCAGCUGAGAUGCUGCGCCGCUGCCGCAAAGGUCCCGAUGGCUUCAGCGCAGACUUUGACGCCUAUGUCGUACACGCCUCCCGACCUGCUGCCUCUCGUUCCCCACAAUGAUUGAUGCACAGCUACUCGAAUUCAAGAGGGUGCGGCUUAUCAGCCUCGCUCGCAUCACUACGGCACAUUUUUGUCGAUCACCACUAAAUGAGUACUCAUGUGCAACAUGUUAGAUAUCCACGCGCGGACCAUCGUCAACGAGCUAUUUGUAGCAUCUCACCCGUCAUUCAGGGAUGUACCUUUGAAAAUGGCCUCCCUUUUUAUCCCAUCCAUUUUGACCAAGCACAUAUUGUGCGGCCUCUCAUAUACACCAUCGAUGCAU